GGUAAGAACGUACAACCGCGCGUGUCAGAACAAAAAGCCCAAAGCCCCCCCAAGAUGGAUGAUCUUUUUCUUCUCUUCUUUUGGUGCCCCAUCAGCCAAGACUAUCUCUUUGCUGCUUCAGUAGCUACUCUAUUCUCUGAGCAUUUCUUUUUGCUCGUCCUCUGACGUAUCGUACGUCAAGUCCACUCAUUUUUUCAGUAAUCACUGUCACUCUUUUGGACGGUCAUGGCUCCGUCUAUGUUCAAGCUGGGUGCUGUUGCCCUGGCUUAUACCUUUGGUGUUUCUGCCCUUAGCUCUCCUGCCUCCGGCAAGACCUAUCAGCUGUCCGAGUCUUAUAACUCGGCUAACUUUGCCGACAAGUUCAAUUUCUUUGAGGGUGGCCACGAUGAGAAGGUGAAGGAUCCCAACGGUGGGUUUGUCAAAUACCUGGGCAAGGAUGCCGCAGUGUCCUCGGGUUUGUUCAAGACCGAAGGCGAUGAUGUCCGCAUUGGUGUCGAUAGCACGACUUCCGGUGUCGCCGGACGUAAGAGUGUCCGUCUCGAGAGUACCGCCACAUACAACAACGGUCUGUUUAUUGCCAAGUUCAGCCACUUCCCCAAGCCUGUAUGUGGUGCUUGGCCCGCUUUCUGGAUGGUCGGCGACAACUGGCCCGAGGACGGUGAAGUCGACAUUUACGAGAUGUGGUCACUGUCCGAUCGAAACAUGAUUACCUACCACACCGGGAAGCCUGAUAAGGUUGGCGAGUGCCUGCUCGCCCCUGAUACACACACUGAGGUUUCCCAGACCUUCAACUGCGACAACUCCGCUUUAGGCCAGUGGGUCAACCAGGGCUGUGGUGUGAUGGAGAGUACAGGCCAAUGGGGCAACCCCGAGGGUGGUGUUUAUGCUUUCGAAUGGACCGACGAAAAUCUCAGUGUCUGGAGCUGGGCCACCGAGCCCGCCGACAUCGAGAACGGAACUCCCAACCCCGCGACCUGGGGUAAGCCGCACAUGUCGGUUACCAGCAAGACCUGCGAUGUUGAGAGGGGUUUCAAGGACCUCCGUUUCAUCCUCAACAUCAACUUCUGCGGUGAUGCUGCUGGACCGCAGUUCGGUAAUGAUCCCAGGUGCGCUGCCAAGGCCAAGUCUUGCGACGCAUAUGUCUCGAACAACCCCCAGGAUUUCGAGGAUGUCUACUGGAAGAUCAAGUACAUCGACGUCUACCAGCUCCAGCAGGCCCUUCCUACCACCACUUCGUCUGUCAUCUCUUCGAGCACCACUUCUUCCGCCAUCAGCUCUGCCGUUACCUCCAGUUUCGUCUCUGUCGUCUCCAGCUCGGCCGUUUCCAGCUCCGAGGUUGUUUCUAGCUCUGCCGUGGUUUCCGCUUCCGCUUCCGCCGUCCGCAGCCCCGAGGUCGUUUCCGGCACCAAAAUCUUCAGCAACAUUGCCUCCACCUCCGUUGUUGCCUCCGGCUCCGACGUAGUCUCUGUCACCGCCACCUCUUCCGCGGCUCUCCCUACUGGGACUAACGGCACUACCGACUGCGAUGACGAGGACGAGGGUGAGAGUGACGAUUACUCUGGAAUUUUCGCCCCCGGUGGCAGUGCCACCGAAACCGGCAGUUCUCCCAUGAUCACUUCUGCCCCCAGUGGUCCUUCUGCCGGUUUCCACGGCAACUCUUCCUCUGGCGUCGGCCUCUUCCCCAACAGCACCAUCACUGCUCCCCAGCAGUGGACCACCUCCACCGUCUACGCGACCAGCUACUACACCGUCACCUCUUGCGCUGCUACCGUGACCAACUGCCCUGCUCGCGUCGUCACCUCCGUCAUUGCCAUCUCCACCACCGUCUGCCCCGUCACCCAGCACCCCGCUCCUACCAACGCUCCCGGCGGCGGUAACGGUGUCCCUGUUGUUUCCGGCGGCUCUAACAACGGCGGUGGCAAUGGUGAGGGUGUCCCCCCUGCGGCCAUCGGCAGCGCUCCCAGCACUGGCUCCGGCUCUGGCACUGGCUCCGGCUCCGGCUCCGGCGAGGUCCCUGUUCCCUCCGGAAGCGCUCCUGGCUCUGGCACUGGCACUGGCACUGGCACUGGCUCUGGCAACGGUAACGGCAACGGCUCCAUCCCUCCUGUCGCCACUGGCCCCCUCCCCACCGUUACCCUCCCCGGCAACAACAACGGCGCUCUCGACAGCACUUUCUCCGCUCCUCUCGUUUCCAACACCGGCAUUCCUGACAGCCCCGCCGGCAGCUCUUCUUCUUCCCCUUAUAGCCUGUCUAUCGCCCAGCCUCCUCUCGCUACUGCUACUGAGGAUGCGCCCGUGACCGCUGGUGCAGGCAAGAACGCUUUGAUGAGUGUCGGUGUGGCUGCUGUUGUCGCUGGUGUGGCUGCUUUGCUUGCUCUUUAAAGCAAAAUGCAAACCAAAAAUUGGGGGAGUUUGAGAGAGUGAGUAUAUGAGAUAAAGGGACGUGUGCGUGUGCACAUAUUGGGGUUGGUUUGCUCUUUUUGAUGCUGUUGGGAUACCUUUUUUUGGUUG